AUGCACACUCUUUAUGCGCACAAUUUCACACGGACGUUCCGAAUCGAACGUCUCACCCCCGAGCCUGUCUGGCAAGCGAUGCUGGAAAACUCGGCAGAGCAAGUGCGUGUUUAUUUUGAUCAAGUCAAGGCGGUCAGUCCGCGCCCUCUGAAGGAUCUGGUUGAGAAUCGGGUCCCGUAUAGCGACCAAGGUUGGUGCAAGGCGGAGGUGGAGUGGUCCUCAACCCGAGACUUCACGGCCAAGAAUCAGCGCAUUGACGCUGCUGCUGCGGAGGAGGAGUGCUCUGGCCUGAAAGGCCGAGUUCCGACUACUCCCGAACUGUUUGAAGCCCAAAUGUCUAAGGCCAAGUUUACCCACCGCGCAGAUGCCGGAAGUGUACAGUUUUUGCAAGCCAAAAUCUAUCACCAAAAGGUCUCGGCUUGUCAGGAGGCAGUGUUUGAGCACUUGCCUACAGCAGAAGUGGCCAAGCUGGCAGCAGCGCUCCCGCAUUACAAGCAGCUCCGAACUUUGUGCUUAUGGAACUUCGACUGCGGCGUGGACGAAGCCGAAGCACUUGGCGAGGCCAUCGGCUACCAUCCGACCCUCCAAGAGCUGGAGAUGCAGGCCCUGGUGGAGGCUCAUUUGGUAGCGGCGCUUUCCGAAGCCUUGAAACGCACUACCACCAUCACCUCUGUCGACUUGGCUGGCAAUCACAUCUGUGAUGAGGGUGAGAAGGCCCGUGUGGGUGUUUGGAUAGCUUGGUGGACUUUUUGCCUCCUUGUCGCCUUUGUGUGCCAGGCUCUCGCUGAAGCUCUUCAGCACAACAACACGUUGACCACCCUCGACUUGCAGGACAACUGUAUCGGUGCUGAGGGUGGAAAGGCCCAUGCUUUCGCAAAAGCUCUCCAGCACAACAAAACGGUCACCACCCUCAACUUGAAUGGCAACAAAAUCGGCGAUGAGGGUGCUCAGGCUUUUGCUGAAGCUCUCCAGCACAACAACACGCUCGCCGCCGUCAACUUUAAUUACAACGAUAUCUGCGCUUCAGAUCUGGCUUCUGGGCUGGAGACGGAAACGGCUGUUCUUUCAGAACAUCCCCGCAUCAAGGCUCUCGCUCAAGCUCUCCGGCACGACAACACGUUGACCACCCUCGACUUGCAGUGGAGCAGCAUCGGCGAGGAGGGUGCUCAGGCUCUCGCUGAAGCCCUUGAGCACAACAACACGGUAACCACCCUCAACUUGAAGUCGAACGAUAUCGGUGCUGAGGGUGGGAAGGCUCUCGCUGAAGCUCUUCAGCACAACAACACGUUGACCACCCUCAACUUGGCGGCGAGUGAUGUCGGUGCUGAGGGUGGGAAGGCCCGUGUGAGUGUUUGGGGAGCCUGGUGGACUUUUUUGCCUCCUUGUUGGCUUUGUGUGCCAGGCUUUUGCUGA